UCUCCUGCCUACUUGGAUUUCGCCCUCUCAACCCACUCCCUCUGAACUUCGCAUCUCACUCCCCUCUCAGCCUCACCGUCUCAUCUCUCCAUAAAACCCACUCUUCCUCCCUCUCCAAUCCAACAAAAAACACCCCUCCUCUCCUAGCUCUCAAACCACCAGCCGGCCCACAAGAUGCAACACUACAGAAAUAUGGCAAACCCCCACCUCCUCUCCUCAUUUUCAAUCCUGCUGCUGGCCCUUCUCCAUUCCUCUACAACCCCCGCACAGUCGCAGGCUCCGUCUCCAGCACCUGUUGUGUCUUCCCCACCUCCCCUGGCACCCCUGGCUCCGGCACCUCUGUCACUAGUGCCCAUCUCCCCCGUACCCUCCUCAGACUCCACAAACAUCACUGCAAUUCUUGAGAAAGCUGGCACAUUUAACUCCCUGAUCCGGAUACUUAAAACAACCCAAGUUGACGACCGAAUAUCCACUUUGCUCAGCGACUCGAGCAACGGCCUCACACUAUUUGCACCCACUGAUAAAGCUUUCUCCAACCUCAAAACUGGCCUUCUGAACUCUCUCACUGACCAACAGCAGGUUCAGCUUGUGCUAUACCACAUCCUCACUUCUUAUUUCCCUCCCUCACAGUUUGAAGCUGCCAGCAACCCACUAAACACCCAGGCAGGCGACACUGCCAAUGGUGAGUACCCUCUCAAUGUCUCGACAGCGAGCAAACAGGUGAGCCUACGGACAGGGCUUGUGAACACCACAGUGGCAAAAACAAUAUAUACAGAUGGGCAGCUGGCUGUGUACCAGGUGGACGACGUGCUUCUUCCCAUGCGUAUCUUUACUCCUUUACCCCCUGCUCCUGCACCAUCCAAGCACAAGAAGCCAGUAGGUGGCGCUUCAGGUUCUGCUGAUGGAAGUCUAGCUGAACGUUCUGAAGCAGGGGCAGCGACCUGGCAUUUUCUGGUUUGGUUAGGAGGCGCAUUACUGCUUGCUGCAAUUUCGUUAUGAUGAGGAAACGAGGAAGGUGGUUAAGUACUUGGUUUUUGAAGCAUCAGUGGUGGCAUUGAAUUUCAGGGGGUAAAAUUAAAUGGAUUGUGAUUAUCCAUUGUAAUGUACUUAAAAGUCUUUGUUUUUGUGUGUUUUCCUUACUCAAUGAGAAACAAAAAUAUCAAAGCU